AUGGCCGAUAGAGUUAAGUUGCUGGUACAAAGGCGAACGUCUUUAAAGUCGCAAAUUACUAACCUAGCGAAUCUAGUCGAAAAGGGCAAAUUAGACCGGGCAACGUUAAAAUUACGAAUAGCACGUCUCACAGAAUUGCAUCGCGCGUUCGAAGAAUACAAUGACGAGCUCGAGGUAUUAGAUGCCAACGAACAACACCGAAACGAAUUCACGCAAAUUCGGGAUCGGUUUUACGCACUCGCGAGUAAGGUUAACAAUAUUCUCAACCCGGCGAGCGUAUCGACGGCGAGCGUAUCGAGCAAUGGUUCUAGCGUGUCAAACGGCGAAAAUCGUGCCGACGGAAUCGAAUCAAUGCCGAAACGACGUAUUAAAUUACCCGAAGCACCGUUACCGACUUUCGAGGGUAAAUUCGAAAAUUGGCUGUCCUUUAAAAACUCGUUCCAUGAUAUGAUCGGGUCACGGUCGGAUUUAUCCGACAUUGACAAAUUACAGUACUUAAAAUCGGCGUUAACCGGGGAAGCCGCGAAUAAAAUUAAGAUUUUCACAAUCGCCGGAACAACCUACUCGAAAGCGUGGGAAUUACUGGAACGCGCAUAUGAAGUAAAGCGAGUUCUAAUUUCUCGGCAUCUCUCGUCGAUCAUUAACAUGCCGACGUUAGAAAAGGAGACCACAAACGGCUUAUCGAAACUCGCCGACGAUGCUCAACAGCAUCUUGCUUCCUUAAGCGUACUGGGAGUCUCAGUCGGACAUGAAAUGAUUGUCCAUAUUUUGGAAAGUAAAUUGCCAAGGACCACGGUAGAAAAAUGGGAAGCGAGUCUCGAAAGAGAUGAAUUCCCGAAGGUCGAUCAACUCUAUGAGUUUCUGUACAAAACCGCGGUUUGCGUAUCAAAGCGAGAUCGAUCGAGAUCUUUCGAGACGGAAAGGUCUAAGAACGAUACCCCCGCUAAAAGGAAACUGAGGUCCUCAAACCAGGCGUUCGUUUUGAACACAUCGCGAAACUGCGUUGCAUGCAAGGCCAAACGACAUCCGCUAUUCGUAUGCGACAAAUUCAAGCAGCUGCCGGUCCCUAAACGCAUUGAAUUAGUAAGAUCGGCGAAGGUUUGCUACAACUGUUUGCGUUCUCAUAGAGACAGGCCUUGUAAAUUCUCGAGCUGCUCGAUAUGCCAAAAACGUCACAAUACGUUAUUGCACCUCGACAAUUACAAGUCCGUCGACAAAUCUGAGACGGCGCAAUCCGCGACUACCACUUCCCAAUGA